AUGAGUACCCCAGCACAAGAGACGUCUAGCGGCGUCCGGGUCCACAACUCGCGUGUCUAUCUUUUGGCGAUAGUGACAUCGAUGGGUGCGUUUUUGUUUGGAUAUGACCUCGCGUUCAUCGGGACAUCCAUUGAGCUGGCUCCCUUCCAGAGGGACUUCGGAUUAAUCGAUGCAUCAGAGUCUGUCAAGGAUGCAUUCUCAGCCAAUAUCGUCUCAUUACUGCAAGCAGGCUGCUUCUUUGGGUCUUUGGCUGCUGCACCCGUUGGGGAUAAGUUGGGUCGCCGGCUAGCUUUGGGUCUAGGCGCCCUGGCCUUCAUGACGGGAUCAAUCAUGCAAGUGGCCUCAUCCGGUAUCCAGGCUGUCAUGUUCGUGGGGAGAGUAAUUGGCGGCGUGGGCGUGGGAUUUGCCAGCAUGCUCGUACCUUUAUAUUCAGCGGAAUGUGCGCCACCGCAGAUCCGAGGCCGGUUAGUGGGUAUUUAUGAAAUCGGCGUACAGGUCGGCACCUGCAUGGGGUUCUGGAUCAACUUUGGCGUCGAUCGCAACAUGGCCCCGACGUCCGCGCAAUGGAGAACCCCCUUUGCUUUGCAGCUGGUCCCCGCGGGACUGUUAAUUCUGGGCCUGGUUUUCAUGCCCGACUCGCCUCGGUGGAUGGCCAAGGUCUACGGGAGAACCCGAGCAGUAGAGACCCUGGCGCACCUGCGGGAUCUGCCUAUCGACCAUCCGGCCGUGCAGGAUGAAGUGACCGAUAUCCUGCAGCAGCUGGAACUCGAGCGUGCCAACAGUCUGGGCAAUAGUCGCGCUGCUCUGCGAGAAUUGAUGCAGCCGGGAAUCCGCAAUCGCGUGUUUCUCGGAGUGAUUAUCAUGGUCUUCUUCCAGAUGGCAGGCUCCAACGCCAUCAACUACUACUCGCCUCGCAUCUUUCACUCCAUCGGGCUCAGGGGUACCGAGACCUCCCUUGUUUCCACCGGCAUCUAUGGAAUUGUUCGGCUUGUGGCGGUUUGCAUUGCCAUGUACUUUGUGGUGGACCGGUUUGGUCGGGUGCCCAUGCUGAUCGGUGGAAGUGCAGUGAUGGCAAUUUCCAUGUGGUUGAUUGGCGUCUUCGUCAAAAUUCAAGGCCCCGCAUCCAGCGAAAAUACUUCUCUCAGUGCGAGCUCUUAUGCCGCAGCAGUGUUCAUCUUCGUGUUUGCGGUGGCCUUUUGCUUUAGCUGGGCCGGCGUUCCCUGGGUCAUCUGCUCCGAGAUCUACCCGUUGCGCGUGCGCGGUCUCUGUGUGAGUAUCUGCGUGGCGACGCACUGGCUCUUCAAUUUUGUCAUUGCCCGAAGCGUGCCGUACAUGAUCUCGAAUAUCUCCUAUGGCACGUACUUUGUUUUUGCGGCCUGCACGACGCUGUCAAUUCCGUUUGUUUGGCUGAUGAUUCCCGAGACAAAGGGACUGAAGCUGGAGGAGGUGGAUGUUUUGUUUAAUGGUCGAGGGCUUGUUCCACGGCGUCGGGGUCAAUCAAGGACAGACGAUGUGGGAGACAACAAGGUGAUGGUGGAGCAGGUUGAGGCUGUGUAG